GAAAAAUUGCUUACACAUAAACAUUCUCUUUCUGCCUCUUCUAAAAUGCCUUCCUUUAUAUCCUGAAACUGCUCCAGUCUCCUGUUCCUGAAGAGGCAUGUCUGUCAUGGUCACUGUAGUGUAAGUGUAGAUUUGGGUAAAACCAAUGGAUUCAGGAAACAGUAAUAAUUCGGGCCUUGUUCCAAAGAUAAACACAAGCAAGAAAAUGUCCAGCUUAGCACACCCAACAAGCAUUCUGGAAAUUUCACAGGAAAUUAAGAAAAAUGGUGGUGAUAAACACAUAGAAAUCACAACAGAAAGAGUAAAAAUCAAGAGUUCCAAAGAAAAGCAAAGCAGUGAUAUAGAGAAAGUGAAUCUUAAACGGAAGGCAGAAAGUGAGAAACAGCCAGCUGGAAAGAAGGAGGCCAAGAUAAUGGAACUUGACAAUCAGUUAAUCACCAUGCCUCUGCCGCACAUCCCCCUAAAGAACAUAAUGGAUGUGGAAAUGAAGUUGGUCUACAUUGAUGAAGAGAACGUGAACUAUGAGUUUAUAGAGCCCUCUACAUCCACCAGGAUUCCGCCAACAUGCCGAACUGCUGAAAUAGUAGGCCCUCUGGGUGCACCUAAUUUCAGCUUUCUGCCUCAGGUUGACAAAUGGCUUCAAGUAGCCUUAAAGGAUGCCAGCUCUUGCUAUAGACAAAAGAAAUAUGCCUUGGCAGCGGGACAGUUUAGAACAGCACUUGAGCUUUGCAGCAAAGGGGCAGCUUUGGGAAAACCUUUCGAGGCAUCAGCUGAAGACAUAGCAAGUGUGGCCAGUUUCAUCGAGACAAAGCUUGUUAGCUGCUACCUCCGGAUGAGGAAACCUGACCUUGCCCUGAAUCAUGCACACAGGAGCAUUGUUUUAAAUCCAGCCUAUUUUCGAAACCAUCUUCGUCAAGCCACAGUGUUCAGAUGUCUGGAGAGAUAUUCAGAAGCUGCCCGGAGUGCCAUGAUUGCUGACUACGUGUUCUGGCUUGGUGGAGGAAGUGACCAGUGUGUAAGCAAGCUCAUCAGACUCUACUGGCAGGCCAUGAUUGAAGAAGCCAUUACCAGAGCUGAAACUUUCUCCGUCAUGUACACACCGUUUGCAACCAAAAUAACAGGCGACAAAAUAGACAAAGUGAAAGAGGUUUUCACAAAAACUCAUCCUGCAUAUAUGGAAUACAUCUACACAGAUCUACAAGGAUUACACAUAUUGCCUCAAACAGCUGAUUGGUCAUCCUUUCCUCCCCAAGAGUAUCUCUUGACUCUGGGGUUUAAAAACAAAGAAGAUGGAAAAUUUUUAGAAAAAGUAUCAAAUAGGAAGCUUCCAAUAUACACAGAAUGCAAAACUCCCUUCGGAAAGCUGACCAGAGAAGACACAGUGAGACACAUGGAAGCAAUGGGGAAGCGAAUCUUGCCAAUAUUGGAUCUUAUUAGAAGUACCCAAUUGAAUGGGAAUUUCCAGGCGUGCUCUGGUGUGAUGGAAAAGUUGCAGUACGCUAGCCUCCUGAACCAGCUGCAGAGAGUGAAGGAGCAGUCCCAGGUGAUCAAUCAAGCAAUGGCAGAGCUAGCAACCAUUCCCUACCUACAGGACCUCAAUCAACAGGAGAUGGAACUGCUGCAGUCACUAAUGGCAGACGCCAUGGACACCCUUGAAGGAAGAGGAAAUGAUAAAGAACGUGCAUGGAAUACAAUCCAAAAGAUUGGACGAAUUGAAGAUUUCCUAUACCAGAUAGAGGACAGCUUCUUAAAAACCAAGAAACUGAGGACUGCUCGGAGGCAGAAAACAAAACUGAAGCGGCUUCAAAUGGCGCAGCAAAGCUAGUCACCGGGGAGCAGGCACUCAACACCAAGACAUCCAAGAGAAGGAGGGAAAGGCGUCCAUCUAUCCUGACUGCAACAGCCAGAUAAAAACGGCCUGUCAUCAGAGGCAAGAGGUGCUACUUGCCUCUGUUCGUCUUCAGCAAAAACAUCCUACACAUCAUUAAUCUCGACUGGCAGCAACAAAUGUUCUCAGCAAGUUUA